AUGAGAAAUCAAACGUACAUUCGGCGGGUGUGGAAGCGGCCGCCCGGCCUUUUGACCGUCUUCGGACGGUGCAUCAAAGUGUACCCGUUCGAAAAUCUGGCCGAAGCCCAUGCCAUGCAGUUCGUGGCCCAACAAACAUCGAUCCCCGUGCCGAAAGUACAUUGCGCAUUCGUCCAGAACGGCAAAACUUAUAUUGUCAUGGACCGUAUCGACGGGCAGAUGGUAGGGCGGGGAUGGCAAAGCCGUUCAGACGAGUCGAAGAAGCGGAUUCUCGACCAGCUGCGGGGUAUGGUGAAUGAGCUCCGUUCUAUACGUCGCGUGCCUGAAAGUACGGUCGUUUCUGGCGUCGAGGGAGGCCCUUUCUGCGACCCUCGAUUGCCGUCGACGCUAUUUUGGGGCCCGUUUGCCACCAUCCGUGACUUCCACCAAGCCCUUGUAAACAACAUAGACUUCCAGGUCGCCAACAGCGACAGCAUGGGUCCGGAGUAUUCCGAUCUGAAUGACCUAUUCGCCUUUUAUCGACAGUCGCCCGAAACACUAGUCUUUACGCAUGGCGACUUGAGUUGGCGGAAUAUCAUGGUGAACGGAGAUGACGUGGUUGGCAUCAUCGACUGGGAGACAUCAGGGUGGCUGCCUCCAUAUUGGGAGUACACUUGCGCGAAAAUGGUCACCUAUAACGCAUUUUCGGAUGAAGAGAUAGACAUGUACGUGGAGCCGAUGCCUUGCGAGCUUGAGAUGGACAACAUUAGGCAGAAGUACUUUGGCUUUUGA